GGAAUAUCUCUUUGAACGAACUAAACAUCAGUGAAGAAAAUACAAACGGUCAACCGGGUAAUUAAUUCAGGCAGUAGCGGGUCUUUUCAACAUUUAUUUUGUCUUUUGCGCGGCUGUAAUGUCUGAUGAGGAAGAGGAUUAUAUGUCCGAUGCAUUUCUCACUAAAAUACAAGAUGUGAAACCAGGUGUCAGCAUGGUGAGGCGGGUAAAAGAAGCUAUGAAAAAGGAGACACAGCAAAAGGAGACGAACAUCAGGAACCGCCAGAAGACUUUCAAGGAGCAGGAGAAAGAAAGUAGAGAAGCAGCUUUACAAAACUCCAUUAGCAACGAGAACAAGGGAUUUGCACUUCUGCAGAAAAUGGGUUACAAAGCUGGCCAAGGCCUUGGGAAGAAAGGGGCAGGGAGGGUUGAUCCAAUUCCUCUAAAUAUCAAAACUGACAGAGGUGGCAUUGGAAUGGAGGAGGUGAAGAAAAGAAAAGCUGAGGAGGAACUUGAACAUUAUCGGCAGAAAGUACGAGCCAAACAACAGAAUGAGACAAAAUCUCUGGAAGAUUUUAGGUCAAGAGUAAGGACAGAGAGAGAGGAGCGAAAGAUUGAAGGAGAUCUCAGAAGGAGUCAGAGAGCCUGUGAGCAGCUUGACAGUCAGAAGGGCAUCACUGUCCCCAGGGAAGACUGGUACUGGCCUAAAGCAGAGACUGAUGAUGAGGAAGAUGGUCUUGAGGAGGAGGAGGAGGAGGAGGAGGAGGAGGAGGAGGAAGGGAAGGAGGAGAUUGUGGAAUUAACGUCCUUUGACAAACUGCAAAUUAUGACAUCCUAUUUGAGAGGAAUCCAUUUUUACUGCAUAUGGUGUGGGACUACUUAUAACGAUGAAGAGGACUUGUGCUCUAACUGUCCCGGGGAUACAGCAGCAGACCACGAAUGAAUUUAUAGAAUAAGUUUCCAAAAACAAGCAGUAAGAAAGGACACCUUUUAAUAUUUAUAUUUUGAAAAGAUUUUUGAGACAUGUUUCAAGAGCAAUUGCAUACCUUCCAUACCUUUUGAUAAUUUUUUUUCAGAAUUAUAACUUGUUAUCUAAUCUAUUGUUUUAUUUUCGCUACUUAUAUUACAAUACAUUGCUUUUAGUUAACAAAAUGUAAAAUGUCAUACUCCCUAACUCUCUAAUCUGUAUGUUGUGCUCAGUUGUGAGUAUAUAUGGGUGAGAAAUUAUUUUUAUUAUUUCAAUAUCUUAUGGUGUUACCACUGAUUACAUUACUGUUACCUAAAAUUGUAUUUCUUUCAGUUGUGUCUCUGAAGUGCUGAAACAUGAUAUAAAGUUGGACAGUACUGUG